CUUACCAACAGAGUCAAAACUAACCAGAAAUUAUUAUAAAUAUAACCUCAAGCUUCAUAUCCCAAACAACCUGAAUUCGUCGGUCCCUUCAGUGCAAUAGGAAAUAACAUCGAAUAAAAUGAGACCUCAGAGGUUUGAAAUUCCCUUCAACACUGACAACUUGCUGAACGCUGACAGAAAAGUAGUGGUGGUGUCCGUGUUUGGAAAAUCUCAUUUUCGUGCUAAGGGAUGCAAAACAGAAAUGCUCAGUUCAAUACUCCAAACGGACUUUCUCAAGGAACCGAUGCUCAAUGAAGAAGACCUGUGCGAGAUUGAAGGAUAUCAUGACACACGAGACCGUGUAGUUUACCUGCAUCUCAGGGGCCUGCUGGAUACUCACACGCUCGUCAAAGCAUACGAUCGAUUCAUCAAUAAGUGCGAGGGAAAAGAUUUUUUGACCGCUUGGGCCCACAUGAGAGAGAAAUACUCCCGAGCCCUGCUUGUCUUAUUUCAUAUUUCCCACAUCCUCAUACUCACGCAUCCAACGCACAGCUUCGACUAUAGCUAUGUUCACUUGUUUAGAGCACUGGAUAUGAUAAGGCAAAAAGUCUCAAGUCAAGUGGGAGAAAUUUUGAGCGGGAUUUCAAGACUUCCAAAGGACUGGAUAGCCAACCUCAGGCCCUGCUCUCCCAGAGUGCUUUUUUACUUUGAAACAUGCCCUACAGUGUUUCGGGACUCAGAAGGUGGUAAUAUCAAAAAGCUUGAGCAUUCACUGGAAGAUCAAAUAUAUCAUAUAUUACGGAAAAAUCGAAUAGUGACCAAUAUCAGUACGAAUUCACUGUUUGCAAUCCCAGCUAAUCAGGAAUUUGUAUAUGUUCACACUGGUUCAACUGAGUCAGGGGAUAUUUUGGGUCAUAUGGCCAGAAAACUAAUUCAGAGCUGUAAAGUGAGUUCCGGUGGUGAUACUUCUAGGAGCUUGGCCAGCAUAGACUCUGUAUUUCCAGCCAGUGAUUCAGAAUCUGACGUACAUACCUUCAAGGCUUUCCUUCAGCAGCACAUAAGUUUAGCAUUUGCCAGAGGUUUUGACGAUAAUGUCGGCCGACACACGGCACCAGCUCACUUUCAGAUACCAACACUGUCCUUGUUUUUUGAAGUAGCUAACAAGCUCAUGGGUUUUUUCGUGAAGGGGACAGACAAGGAAAUCUUUGCUCUGCAUGGUUUACUAGACACUGAUGUAAAGUUCAGCAAAAGUAGAUGCAGCAAAGUGUUACCUAGAGCAUUGCAAACCUACCAAGACGGUCUUCCGCAACAUUAUACCAGGGCAUAUCACGAGACUAAACUAGCUCAUGCGAUGACAGUCUUUGAAAUGCACGCCCGUGGCCCAUUGUUCGAAGAGUUUAGUGAGAAACUGCAACAAGAAUGCGACAAACACUGGCGAGCUGGCAGACAAAUGUGUGAGGUCCUUUCAUUGACUGGAAACCCUUGCACUAAUCCUAUCCAUAAAGGUGGCAGUGAAGGUGCCGGUGGUGGGGAGCAGUGCGAGCCAGUAGAGGAUGAUAGAGAUUUAGCAGUUAUGGAGCACAGCAGUGGUGUGAGAUAUGUGUGCGCCUGCAAUUGCGGCAGAUGCCAGGGACCAAGAGAAGAUCCUUUCAGCUUGAGACAGGCAAAUUACGACUACUUUCAAAUGCUUGCCAAACAAUGUGGAUGUGCCCAGCUGGAGAAUAUACAGUUUCCGGUUUUCCAACCCAGUAUACAUAACUUCAGACCAGCCCAGCUGUUCCCCACAACGAAACGGAAAGACUCUUUCAGUCGUAUAGAACUUUCAACUCCUCAGGGACAGACGCAGGCCUGCAGUUUGGGAGUGAAUACAUCGCAUGAUGACGUUCCAGUGUUUGGUAGUGGACAGUCUGCGCCUGCUAGUGAUCCGAUAGGUGACGACCAUCAGAGGCUGAGUAAUAAAACCAGUCUUACUCCAGGCGAUACGUUAGACCCCCAUGAUUCUCAUGAUAAAGUUGUGAUUCAAGUAUGUGACAUUGACUUGGAACAUACCAAAGGACCUCUUCGCUGUGUUUCUCCAGAGGCUAAUGACACUGAAGCUUCAGAAAAAUUUCUAGUACGCCAGCCAUCCACAACGGAGUAUCUGCCAGGAAUGCUACAUACAGAAUCCCCUGUUGGUCUUUUGCCCCAAUUUUCAAGCUGGUCUCUUGUCUGCCUGGGGCCGAGCAGUCUAUAUUCCCACAAUUUGGGUCUUCAACAUCAAGCCGGUGUUUGUUCUACGUCAGCAUUUCUGCUACCAUGGGAUGUCACUGUCAGAUUGGAGCACCAAAAAGACAGGGGAUCCCUGUGGCCAAUGGUUGGUGACAAUCCCAACCACGGCUACAACCGUGGAGGAAAAAGCUUCCAGAAUUUGAAUUCCAUACGUGGCCGGAAGUCCAAGGGAGGCAAGGAAUUCGUUGUAAAAAUAUUUGUUGGCGUUGAAUACGAGUGUCCGCGCGGUCACAGAUUUAUGGCAUCUGCUCCUGACAAAGUUCUCAAGGCCACUGGAACUGGUAUCGUUAAGGACAGUGGGAACAAAGUCACUUCAAGCACCGCCGAUAUGCCUCUUUACUUUCCUUGCCCAUGCAGACAAACAAAGCCAUUGAUUGCUCAGCUGAUGAGGAUACACGUAGUAACGCCCAAAGCUCCAGUGCACGUCACGCUGAAUCCACGCGUUCAACCUGGUCCACCGCCAUGCCCGAUUUUCGUCACCGGUUGUGAGGAACCCAUCAAAUUAUCACAGAGUGCCUACUGGGUUCUCCGACUCCCGUAUGUUUACAUGGGAGAAAAAGGACCAUACUUAGCACCUAAAGAACCAGUACCAAUAACUCAUGGUAGACUACUAGCUGGUAUGUACGGCAUAAGUGAAGUUUUACCAGAAAAAAAAUGAUUGAACCUCUGUUCUCAUCCAUGGAGGAGCCAAGAAUUUUUUUGGACGAUAAUUAACGUGCCUAACUAUUCAGCAAUGACAAAUGUCCGGGUCGAAUGAAAUGGGAUCGUUAAGUACGUCUAGGAUACUCCAAAUAAGCGUCAUCGGAGGUAUGAUUAAACAGAGCUUUGUAUACGGUAUUACUACUAGGGUGGUUGUUUCUCAAAUGUUACAGUCUUGUGAAAUCAUGGUUUAAAGUGACAGUUUAUUGUACUAAGCAUUUACAUGCGCAGGUUCGUAAUAAGAACUAAUUUAUUGGUCUGGCAUGAUUAAAUGUUUUCGUACAGUCAAAAUAAAAAAUAUGUAUGUUCGAGUUCUCUGUAUAACAAUGCAACUAAAACAAUAAUUAAUGAGCAUAAACAAUUUAUUUUACAUAAGAGCAAAUACUCUGACAUCAAAAAAGCAAUAAUAAACGACGAUGUAUAAUAAUAAAUAAAGUAUGAAAUGUAAAUAA